UUGGCAGCAGAGCAAGAAUAAAAACAGAAAAAUAAAAGAAUAGUGAUAGAAAGAAAAGAAAAAUUGAAAUUCCAUGUAUGUCCAGCUUGGCUAUCGCUUCCUCUGUUCCCUUCUUGUUUCUUCCAUCAUCAGUUUUCCUCACAACCCUAACCCUAACACGUUUCUUCAAAUUCCUUCGCUACCGAAUGCAUGAAGAAAUUUGAGUCCGAAUCGGACUCAAUUAUCCGCAAAAUCCCUAUAAUUUUACAAAUUUCGGUUCCAUAAACCCUGAUUUCUCCCCCGCCGGAACCAUGGGAGACCCCCUUCCUCCCCCGCCGUCUUCCGGCGACGACGGCGACCCGUUCGGCGCCUGGUACGGCAACAUAGACUACCUUCUGAACAUCUCGGCGAUCGGCGCCGCGUGCUGCCUCCUGAUUUUCCUCUUCGUGAAGCUCCGCAGCGACCACCGCAGCAUGCCGGGCCCCACCGCCAUCGCCUCCAAGCUCCUCGCCGUGUGGCACGCCACCGGACGCGAAAUAGCCCGCCACUGCGGCGCCGACGCCGCGCAAUUCCUCCUCAUCGAGGGCGGCAGCUGCGCGGUCCUCCUCGCGAUGGCGGUGCUCGCCGUGAUCGCGCUCCUCCCGCUUAACCUCUACGCCGGCACCGCCGUUUUGGAUGACCAAUUCUCCAAAACGACGAUCACUCACAUCGAUAAAGGUUCCGCUCUGCUUUGGGUCCACUUCGUCUUCACCCUGGUCGUCGUCGUUUUGGUCCAUUUCGGCAUUUCCGCAACCGAAGAGCGUUUGAGGAUUACUAGGUUUAGGGAUGGGUACGGUAAUUUGAGCGAUCCAACCGCGAAUUCCACCGCUAUAUUCACUAUAAUGGUUCAGGGUUUGCCCAAAAUUAUAGGCGCUGAUAGGGUCGUUUUGCAUGAGUAUUUUCAGUAUAGGUAUCCAGGGAAGGUUUAUAAGGUUAUUGUACCUAUGGAUUUGUGUGCUUUGGAUGAUUUGGCCAACGAAUUGUUGCGUGUGAGGGACGAGAUUUCGUGGUUGGUGGCCAGGAUUGGCUCUCGGCAUCUGCCGGAGUGGGAUGAUGAAGGUGGCAAUGCGCGACAGGGAGUGUGGGGUUCGGUGGUUUGUUGUUGGAAAUGGUUGAAGGGUGUUUGUGCUGAUGUUAUGGCUAGGUUUGGUUUCAGUGAUGAAGAGAGGUUGAGGAAGUUGCAGGAGCUGAGGGCUGAGUUGGAGAGUGAGUUGGCUGAUUAUAAAGAAGGCCGUGGACCGGGUGCCGGUGUUGCUUUUGUUAUGUUCAGGGAUGUGUAUACUGCUAAUAAGGCUGUUCAGGAUUUUCAGAAUGAGAAGAGGAGAAGAAUUGGGAAGUUCUUUUCGCUCAUGGAGUUGCGAUUGCGGAGGAACCAGUGGAAGGUUGAGCGUGCCCCAUUGGCAAGUGACAUUUAUUGGAAGAAUAUGGGGACGCCGAGGCUGUCGCUGAAGUUGCGAAGAGGGUUUGUGAAUACUUGCUUGUUGUUGAUGCUCUUAUUCUUUAGUUCCCCGCUUGCUGUGAUCAGUGCUGUUAAGAGUGCUGGAAGGAUUAUCAAUGCUGAAGCUAUGGAUAAUGCUCAGCUGUGGUUGGCAUGGAUGCAAAGCUCUAGCUGGCUUGCUAGCCUUUUUUUUCAAUUCUUACCUAAUGUUAUUAUAUUUGUUAGUAUGUACAUAGUGAUCCCAUCAGUUCUUUCAUAUCUUUCGAAAUUUGAACGUCAUUUGACAGUGUCUGGAGAGCAACGAGCUGCACUAUUGAAGAUGGUUUGCUUCUUCCUUGUAAAUCUUAUUCUCUUGAGGGGUCUUGUAGAAUCAUCAUUAGAGAGUACCAUCCUGAAGAUGGGACGGUGCUACUUGGAUGGAGAAGAUUGCAAGAGGAUUGAGCAAUAUAUGAGCGCGUCUUUCCUGUCAAAGUCAUGCCUUUCCUCUCUUGCAUUUCUGAUCACAAGCACUUUCUUGGGCAUUUCAUAUGAUCUCUUGGCACCUGUUCCUUGGAUUAAAAGAAACAUUCAAAAGUUUCGGAAGAAUGACAUGCUUCAGUUAGUGCCAGAACAAAGUGAAGAAUACCCAUUAGAACAUCAGGGCGCAGAUAGUCUCCACAGACCACUGAUGCAAGAUAAUGCUUAUGAAAUUUCCAAUGGGGAUAAUCUAGAAGGGCAAGAUCUUUUUGUCUAUCCAAUCACUGGAAGCUCUCCUGCACCAAAACAGACAUUCGAUUUUGCACAGUAUUAUGCCUUUAAUUUGACAAUAUUUGCCCUCACUCUAGUGUACUGUUCAUUUAAUCCCCUUGUGGUCCCUGUUGGUGCAGUUUAUUUUGGGUAUAGAUAUGUGGUUGACAAGUACAAUUUUCUGUUCGUGUAUCGAGUUAGGGGUUUUCCUGCAGGCAAUGAUGGGAGGUUAAUAGAUACUGUAAUAUGCAUCAUGCGUUUCUGUGUUGAUCUAUUCUUACUUGCUAUGCUCCUAUUCUUCUCAGUUCAGGGAGACUCUACGAAGCUGCAAGCUAUAUUCACUCUUGGAUUGUUAGUCAUGUAUAAAUUACUGCCUUCCAGUAAUGAUAGUUUUCAACCAACACUUUUGGAGGGCAUUCAAACGGUUGAUAACGUUGUGGAUACUAGGCCCAUUGAUUAUGAGGUGUUUUCGCAGCCCAGAUUUGAUUGGGAUACCCCCCAAAGGUGACUCAAGCUUCGAUUUGUAAUGGUUGCUAUCAUAUACUGAUGCAUCUGUUCCCAAAAAAGUAUGUGACAUGAAAAAACGUUGGUGGAGUAUGGGACAGGGGUCACAGAGCCAGGGAAGAAAAGAGAAGAGGGUCCUUGUAAGUGUUGUUCAUAAACUGUUCACUAGCAUUUGUGACCUUUCAAUUCUUCUCUUAUAUUUCUUACCUAAUUCCAAAGCUUGGCAGGAUUUUAAUAUCCGGAAUGUACCAUAUGAUUUUUUAGAGUAAACCUCAAUUGAUAUUCCAAAUUCUUUGGGGCGAAGCGUUUUAGUCUUCAUAAUUUUAAAAAUCUUUUUAAUCUUUGACUUUUCAAGUCAUUGAUUAUUUUAAUCUUUUUUUAAUGCAAAGUGCACUUAGAAAUAAGUUUAAAAAAAUACUGAAAUGAAUUUUAUUUUGUAAAUUAAAGAUUGAUAGAAAGUUUUUAAAAUUUCAAAGAAUAAAAUGUUGGUGACUUGUAGGGUAGUGCUCUUUUGUUAGUGUUCCGCACUUAUGCUUUUAUGCCCAGCAAUGUAGAACUGAGCUGGGUUUCAAGAUGCUUUUAUGCACUUUUCCUUAAACUAGGUGAGGGUCUUGCUUCUUGGUGAUUCUGCAUUCUCAUUUGGCUCACGCCAUGGAGGGUGCUAGUUCAAAACAUCUUGCUAGAGGACCAGCUUGCAAAUUCCAGUUUUAUUAUGGACACUUGCUAUAUGAGUAGCAUGAAGUGAAUCUUACCUAUCUUAUAAUAACUUAAUAUAUCUGAUAGUGUCCGUAGUUUCUAUUUAUGACAGGUCUUCCAGUACCCUUCAAAUGACCAGGUGUACCCAAGAAGACUAAUUUAAUAAUUUGUUUAAUUUGUUUGCAAAUGUGUGGCGAUGUGUCCUACCAUUUGUGAGCUGACGAAAUUCUGAGGGAAUGUUGGACUUGUUUUUGUUAGAAAUGGUGUCUGCUCUUAGGGCUGACCCCAUGCUCCUUUCCUUCCCCCUCUCGUUUUCUAUUAGCUUACUAUCAUUUAAAUAUGAGACUGAGUGGACCAAAAAACAAAAAUAAGAGACUGAUAAAUAAAACAUAAUGUAUAGAUAUA